AUGGCGGACCUAGCAGAGAGCACUGCUAAACUGCAGCUCGACGAGGAGACGGGGGAGAUGAUCUCCAAGGCCGAGUUGAAGAAGAGACAGAAGAAACGCGAGAAGGCUAAGGCGAAAGAGGCUGCAAGAAGCGAGGCGAAAAGUGAAGACAAGGCUAAGCCGGCCUCGAAGCCAGCUAAAGCUAGUACAGAAGAACCGGCCAUUGAUCCUAACAAUAUGUUCAAGACCGGCUUUCUUGAUGAUGUCUUCAAGAUUAGACCUAUGAAGCCUGUCUUCACUCGUUUUCCACCCGAGCCCAAUGGGUUUCUACAUAUUGGACACGCGAAGGCCAUCGCAGUUAACUUCGGGUUUGCCAGGUACCACGGAGGUCAAUGCUAUCUUCGAUAUGACGAUACGAACCCUGAAGCUGAGGAGCAGGUGUACUUCGAUGCCAUCCUAGAGAUGGUAGAAUGGCUGGGCUUCAAGCCCUACAAGAUUACCUACUCCUCCGACAACUUCCAAAAGCUUUACGAUCUCGCCGAGAAGCUUAUAGGACUCGAGAGAGCGUACGUCUGCCAAUGCAGUGAUACCGAAAUUAAGCUUCAACGCGGCGGUGAGAAGGGUACUGCCGGCCCCCGUUACCGUUGUAAGCAUGCGGAACAAUCAGUGGACGAGAAUCUGAAUAAAUUCAGAGAUAUGAGAGAUGGAAAAUAUAAACCUCAGGAAGCUUUCCUGAGGAUGAAGCAAGGUUACAUCACGGACGGAAACCCGCAGAUGUGGGACCUUGCAGCUUACCGAGUUCUUGAUAAACCCCAUUACCGCACUGGCGAUACUUGGAAGAUCUACCCAACUUAUGAUUUCACACACUGUCUCUGCGACUCGUUUGAGGGCAUCACACAUUCCCUCUGCACUACGGAAUUCGUCCAAAGCAGAGUUAGCUACGAAUGGCUGAACAAGACCCUCGGAAUGUACGAGCCGAUGCAACGAGAAUAUGGAAGACUUUCGAUUACCGGCACAUUACUUUCCAAGCGAAAGAUCCUGAAGCUUGUUGAAGAGAAGAUUGUACGGGGUUGGAAUGACCCGCGCCUUUACACGUUGAUCGGGAUCAAGCGUCGAGGUGUCCCUCCCGGUGCUAUCCUGGAGUUUGUCAAUGAACUCGGUGUUACCACUGCCAACUCUGUCAUCGAAAUCAAACGCUUCGACCAGGCAAUUCGCAAAUACUUGGAACGUACAGUUCCUCGAUUAAUGCUCAUCUUAGAUCCCAUCCCUGUGGUCAUCGAAGAUGCUGAUGAUCUUGAUGGGAAGUCUAUUACACUUCCGUUCAGCCCGAAGGAGCCUAAGAUGGGCUCCCACGACGUGAAAUUUACCAAGACUGUUUAUAUUGAUCGGUCGGACUUCAGGGAGGAAGCGGAUCCGUCAUUCUUCCGUCUUGCUCCCGGAAAGACUGUUGGACUUCUUCAGGUCCCUUAUCCCAUUAAGGCAACCUCAUUCACGAAGGACGAUGCAACCGGCAAAGUUACCGAAAUCCGAGCCGUAUUCGACAAGGAGACGAAGAAGCCCAAGGCAUACAUCCAAUGGGUCUCGACCGAAGCAGCGGGUACGCGAAAAGCAGAAGUCAGAAUUUACAACUCACUAUUCAAGUCCGAUAACCCGAAUGACGCCCCCGGAGGGUUCCUGAAUGAUAUUAACCCGGAAAGUGAAGUGAUCUACCAGGAUGCCCUAAUAGAAUCUGGGUUCGAUGAGGUUAAGAAGAGGGCUCCAUGGCCAGAAGCAGCAGGUGAAAGCGAGCUCGGCAAGGGUGGACCCGAGAGCGUUCGUUUCCAGGCUAUGCGCAUUGCAUAUUUCGCACUGGAUUCCGACUCUACAGACGAUCGUAUCGUCCUCAACAGGAUUGUGGCGCUGAAAGAGGACGUGGGAAAGAACUGA